UAAGAAUAUUUCAUUUAAAACAUUUUUCUCCUUUUAAGUUUGAAUUACUAUAAAGUACCUUGUUGUAGCGAUUCGUCACGUGACCACUAGAGGGCAGCUUUGUUCAUGUGUAACAAGCAUGCGUUUGCUCCACAGCAUGCGCGUCCUUCCACCGCUGCUGCUGCUGCUGCUGCUGCCGCUUCUGCUGAGCCAGAGCUCGGCUCUAAUGCGCGUCGCAGAGACGACGGCCCUGCAUGGCUUCCGCGGCUGCACAGUGCGAGAGUUCACCUUCGUGGCCCAGAAGCCGGGCUGCAAGGGUGUGCGGGUCACCACGGAAGCCUGCUGGGGGCGCUGUCACACCUGGGAGAGGCCAAUCCUGGACCCUCCCUACAUCCAUCGGCACCACCGCGUGUGCACGUAUGCGCUGACCCGCUAUGCUAGCGCGCGGCUGCCCGGCUGCCAGCCCGGCAUCUCGCCUCUUUAUCACUACCCGGUGGCCGUGCAAUGUCACUGCGCCGUGUGCACCACCCUGGACAGCGAAUGUGAGAGCUUCUAACCAUCAUGUCACCAACAUGUGUGAGAUGCUCAUUAAAAUCAUGCAA